AUGGCGUAUAUGGACAUCCUUUUGUGCGCCUGUAAAAAGGAUUUUGCCAGGUUCAACUUGGACAAGAUUCUGGCUCUCGGAACACCACAUGUGCUCAUCAACGCACUAAAGAAUCCAGAGUCUGCCUCUAUAAUGGAUGCAUCAGAUGCUGGUGGGCUGCCCAGAAACCUAGUCCUGUGUCGGGGCAUGAAGGUUAUGCUGACAGCCAACCUGUGUCUCAGUCAGGGCCUGACUAAUGGUUCUAUGGGAACUGUGGUGGGCAUCAUCUACCUCACAGAGGAGGAUCCCUUCCCCACAGUUUUGGUCCAGUUCCCAGACUACAAGGGACAGAGCUGUCUGCCUAACAUGGAGCGUGUUCAUCCCCUCGGGAUCAUUAGAUGCACAUGGACACUGCGGAGUAAGCAGCAGAGUCGAACUAUGCUGCCCCUGCUCCCUGGCUAUGCUCUGUCCAUUCACAAGAGUCAGGGUCAAACCUUGGACAAGGUUAUGAUUGACCUGGGGGACACUGAGUUCACCUCUUGUCUCACCUACACAGCUCUGACUCGUGUCAGAGACCUUGAUAGUCUGUCCAUGAGGAAAAUGCCGCCUAAAAAGCGCUUUGACUCUAUUGCCAAGUCACAAGGUUUCAAGGACAUGAAAGCAGAGGAGGCACGCAAACUCAUCCUGGAACAGACCAGGAAGGACGUGUAUCAACAAGAGCUUUUCCCAGUUGAUGAGGUUCUUGACAUGGAUGUAGAUGGUUAA